CGACCAGGUUUCUACAAGGCUUCAGACGGUCACAUGAAGUGUGCGAAGUGUCCACCUCACAGUUCUGCUCACGAAGACGGUUCAGUGAACUGCAGGUGUGAAAACAAUUACUUCCGAGCAGACAAAGACCUCCCAUCCAUGGCUUGUACCCGACCUCCAUCUGCACCAAGAAAUGUGAUAUCUAAUAUAAACGAGACCUCGGUUAUCCUGGACUGGAGCUGGCCCCUGGACACAGGAGGCCGGAAAGAUGUUACCUUCAACAUCAUAUGUAAAAAAUGUGGGUGGAAUGUAAAACAGUGUGAGCCAUGCAGUCCAAAUGUCCGCUUCCUCCCUCGACAGUUUGGACUCACCAACACCACGGUGACAGUGACCGACCUCCUGGCACACACUAACUACACCUUUGAGAUCGAUGCCGUUAACGGGGUGUCAGAGCUGAGCUCACCACCAAGGCAGUUUGCUGCAGUCAGCAUCACGACUAACCAGGCUGGUGAGUACAUGCUGGGCGCUUCCUCUUCUGCCUUCUCAGAGCCAAGUAACAGUUUCAACAGAAAAGAGUGGAAGAAAGGACAGGCAGAAAAAGAUGUGAAAAGGAUAUUCUAUCACUUUUGGACAGUUAUGGUACAUUAA